AUGGAGGCGACAAAUUUAGCGUUGACUUCGAGAGAAUCCAAGUCCCGGAGUGACCACAAAGUUAUGGAUAUGAACAGCAAACCCAAUCAAGUAGGAACAGUUCUUCUAUACGGGGUACCAAUAGUGUCCCUAGUCAUUGAAGGCAUAGAGCGCUUAUGUUUAGCGCAGAUAUCGAACACGUUGUUAAAGCAGUUUUCCUACAAUGAGAUUCACAAUAGACGAGUAGCGUUGGGCAUCACUUGUGUGCAGUGUACACCCGUGCAAUUGGAAAUUUUGAGGCGCGCCGGUGCAAUGCCUGUGUCUUCUAGACGAUGUGGAAUGAUAACCCGUCGGGAAGCAGAGCGCCUAUGCAAAUCAUUUUUAGGCGACAACGCUCCACCGAGGUUACCUGAUGACUUUGCAUUCGCAGUACAUCAUGAAUGUGCCUGGGGGUGCCGUGGGGCUUUUCUACCAGCCAGAUACAACUCCUCUCGUGCUAAAUGCAUCAAAUGCACAUACUGUGGCCUCUUCUUCUCUCCGAACAAAUUCAUAUUUCAUUCACACCGAGUCGGACCUGGUGACAAGUACGUACAACCUGAUGCUGCAAACUUCAAUUCUUGGAGACGACACAUGAAGUUGAGCGGGAAUCCUCCCGUAGAAGUUGUGCAUGCUUGGGAGGACGUUAAGGCUAUGUUCAAUGGUGGUACGCGGAAGAGAAUGUUGUCUGCUGCUAGAAGGGUACCUAUCCGCAGGUCGGAGGAGGGCGAGGCGAAGCGUGUGCCGGCCAGUCCGCCCAGCGCGCACACGCCAGUCCCGCGGCUUGCGGACUAUGUGUGGGGCGCUAGGCUACCACUGCCGUAUGCUAUACCGUGGCUAAAGCCGACCUUGUGGACGCCAGGUGCAUUAACAGCGUUAAGCGGGGUGGGAGCUAUGGAAGAGCCGCGUGCGUUCCGACCGGUGAUCACGCAUCGUCUGGACUCGCCGCAGAUAUCACCACUUACAUCACCGUCACGAUCACCGAACAGGUCACCAAUAAACAAAUCUCCGAGCAGCCGUUCCCCGCUCCGCUCGCCGCUCCAGUCGCCAUCCCGUUUAUCGCUUCGCUCGCCGCCACGCUCCCCGCUUCGCUCGUCACCCGCCCGAUCCACUAAAAGCGACCGCGAUAGCGAUGAAAGCGUGGAUAUUGAAACUACUGAAGACGAUCAGGCUAAGGAUGUGUCAUGCACGUGGCCAUGCCGAAGCGCGCCUACUCCGCGGCCGGACUGCUGGAGCGGCCUCGUGCCAAAGAUCGAGAGAGAAGAGGACAGGGAACCGUGGCGUCUCCCGGACCUUCGCCCACCCAUACACUACUUACAUGACCGUGAGAGAGACAGUUGCGCUGCAUGCGUUGCUCCGCUUCCAUUGCUACCGCCGACAGCACCUGCGCCUCAUUAG